AUGGAUAUAGUCUACAGAUGCAAGGUAUAUCCCUUGGAUAGGUUCCUGAAACCACAUUUAUACACAUUGAACUGGCUUCCGGAACUAUCUGUUGACGACAAAAGGAAACCCGUCAGGUUUCUUCACAUCGUUGAAAAAUCCAUGGGAUUACUAGAUCGUUGGAAAGCAUCCUUUCUUCGACAACUACUCGACCAAAACGAUCCUGCAACCGUUCUGGUGAUCGAUGCUAUUUCAAUAUGGUCUCGUAUGCUCCCUCAUAAAUCCGAAUCGCAAGUUCACUAUCUCAACAACCCCAGCAUUCUUCAAUUUUCUGGACUUGUUGGGUUUCUAGCUCAACUUUGCGAAUCACCAGACCUUGCUCUUCGCAGCAGAUGUGACAUACAUGCAUCCUUGGAUGCUCCAUUGAAGACUGUCAUAUUAGAUAACCUAUCUGCGUAUUACUUUCAAGAAAACGCCUCACUAGAGACUUUGCGCAAGCUAUUGGAGACUUUGCAUGCUACCUUAGGCUGUGCCGUGGUCACGUUUGGAUACGGCAUAGAGUAUUACGAAGGUGUUGAUAAUACAUAUCCAACCAGACCUUCUGAAAUAAAAGGUCCCUGGCCUACUAGACUGGACUAUUCAUAUUUAAAAGCAAUGGAUAGUGUCCUAGUGUUCACCCAGGACAAGAAUUAG